CGUGCAGUUCCCAGUUCUGCCCUCGGAGGAAGUUUGUCACCCUGGAUUGGCUCCCAGAACCCAGGCUCCUCCUUGGGCUCCCAGCUGGUUGGGCCUUUUCUCUGCCCCUCCCCAUGAGUGGGUCCUCCCCACAGGGAGACACAACAGAGGCCAGAGAGGAUCCCACAGGACAGCAAGGAGAUGCCACCCAAGACCAAAGAAAAAGGGAAGAAAACUGGGGCACAGAAAAAGAAAGAGAAUGCGGGUGCUGACAUGGAGGCUAAGUCCACGCACCGGCGGACAGUGCCGGAGAAGGAGCUGCUCCAAGACCACCUGGCUCUUCGGAGGGAUGAGGCCCGCCGGGCCAAAGCUUCUGAAGAGCAGCUGAGGCAGAGACUGCAAGUGCUGGAGGCUGAGUUGGAGGAGGCCCGAAGUGAGGGGAAGGCCAUCUAUGCAGAGAUGAGCCGUCAGUGCCGGGCCCUGCAGAAGGAAAUGGAGAUCCACAGCAGGAAGCUGGAGGAGGAAGUGACGGGCCUUCGGGAGCAGCUGGAGACGUGCCAGAGGGAGGCCGAGGCUGCACGGCAAGAGGCGGAGCGGGCCCUCGGAGAGCGGGACCAGACCCUGGCUAAGCUUCGGGCCCAUGUGGCACACAUGGAGGCCAAGUAUGAGGAAAUCUUACAUGGCAGCCUGGACCAACUCUUGGCCAAGCUGAGAGCUGUCAAGCCUCAGUGGGACGGGGCUGUGCUGAGACUUCACGCCAAGUACAAGGAGCAGCUCCACCAGUUUGGACUCAACCCCCAGGAUCUUUGAAGCUGUAAGCCGCUAGUCUCUGGGGCCCUCGGAGGCUCCAGCAAUAAAGCUGUCUUGAUGUAGAACUCAA